AUGUAAACAUGUGUGUUUUCUAUUUCACCGGAACUUGACUGGUCUAACAGCCGUAUUAGAAGCCGUUCCUUAAAUGUUUGUUAAAAUCAAAUUUAGACAUCAUGGAAGGACAAAUAGACUACAAACAGAAAUAUAAAGUUUUGAAAAAGAAACUGAAGUUUCUUGUUUAUGAGCAGGAAUGUUUUCUUGAGGAGUUAAGAAAAGCUCAGAGAAGAUUGUUAAAAGUUUCACGAGAUAGAAGUUUCCUACUGGACCGUCUGUUACAAUAUGAAAAACUAGAAGAAUCAUCUGGUGAUUCAGAUCUGACUGCUUCUAGUGACUCAGAGCCAGAAAGUCUUCGUCCAGAAGGUUCUACUUCUAAAAGAAAGAGGGGGGCUCUACCUGCAGGGUUUGAUCCUUCAGCAGUACUUGGUGGUAUGGGAUUCACAGCAAUAUCACAGGGUCCACCUAAGAAAAAGGCAAAAACAAAUGUAAAAAAGAAAACAGCAUCAAAGAAACAGACUCCCACCAAUCCAAUGUCAAGGGCAGAAUUAGAGCGCCAUCUAGAAUCAAAACAAGAAAUCUUUGGAAUAGAAAAGACUCCAGCUUUUCUUCCAUCAGAGAUAUUUAGUAAUGAUAAUUCAAAUUUAGACAGUGAUGCUAUGAUGGACAUUAAAGAUGAGGAUGAUGAUGAUUUAAUCAUAGAUGCACCACAAUGAUAGACUGUACCACAUUAUAGACUGUACUAAAGUGUUGAAGUUUUGACUGUACUAAAGUGUUGUAGACUGUGCCACACAGUGCUGGAAAAAUAAGAUUGAAAUGGCAUACAUGGCAAUUUAAUGUGGCACAAGCCAGUUCAAAGAGUGUUAGAUUGUUCUAGUUUAAACAUCUGAUGAAAGAGUUCAAGCAAGUUAAUGCCAGGAAAGGGAGAUGAAUCCUUCAUGCAGCUUUUAAUUGUAUAUAAAUGUACAUGUGGUUAUAUUUCUCUGCUAAAUGCAGUUUCAGAAAAUUUUGUUUUAAUUUUGAAAAGGAAUUCAAAAAUGUAUAUAUGAAAGAAAUAUGUCUGUAUAUUUACUUUGAGUGAACUGCUCAUCCACAAAAUCAUUGAUAAUUGGUUAAAACCUAUGUAAAAUAGCAAAGUAAUAUUUUAUCAUGUUUACACAAAGUUAUCAUGUAAGUGAAAUGGUAGAAACAGUCUAUGUUACAACUCUUUCAACAAUUGACUGUAACAUAGAAACAACAUCAUUUUACCCUUUUUAUACGCCCAUCCAUCCGUCAGAGAAGUUUAGGUAGUUGUGGUCUGUGUCCAGAAAGGCAAAAAGUUGUUCCAGUUUUUUUCCCUUCAUUCUGGAUAUGUCAUAUAGAAGUGUUAGAAGUGUGACCAAGUCAUCUAACUGUAAACAGAACAAAAUAGAACUAUAGAGUUCAAACGGGCCAAUUGCCUCAGAAUUAAACAAAAGAAAAUAACAAAAGAAAUGGCCCUUUCUUUUUCCAUUUCAUCUGCCUGUCCAGGCAAACAAAUGGAAACUUUUUGGGUACUGAGAACAAUUAGUUGUUAUUGUUGUUGCCGUCAUGCAAAAAUAUCAUGCAGUCCAUUUCUUAAACAAUUUUAAAUUUUUCAACACAAAACUUAGAGCACUUCUUAAUUAUGAUUCUUAAUCAUUGUAAGACAAGGGCAAUAAUUCUGAAAACAAUGUUUUAGGAGUUGUGAAAAUUUGUUAUUAACCCUGCAUGGGGUGCUCUUGUUAUAAGUACCAUCUUUAAAAAAAUUAAAAAUAAUGUUUAAAUUUUAAUGCAUAGCAUUUAUUAGUUGAAAAAUAGAUACAUGUACAUAUGUUUCCUAUUUGAAAAACAUUAAUAGCUCCUUUAAUCCAAAGAAAAGUCUGACAUUUUGCCCAUUGUGUUAAAGAAACUUAGUAAGAAUGAUUU